AUGGCAGCUACGGGUGCUCAAAUGGGCUCGACAUGCAGCUUUUCAACUCGAAUCUCACUUCGCUGGCUCCCCGAGCCUCCGUCGGAGACAACCGACACCAUCGUCCUCUCAGUGGGCGCAUGGUUCCUGGACCUGCGGAUGGAUAAACAGUCUGGCAACAUUGACUGGGCAAUGGCGGGAACUCGAAUUGUAGAGAAUCCCAAUGAGUCACCCGUCAACGUGCGCUUCACUCGCGAGCUGUGCUCGUUCAACGAAAUCGGCAUGGUCGAUCCAGCCACCUUCAGCCCCCUUCCCAAUGGCGACGAUCUCGAGACAGGCGAGAUGCCCCGCACGGAUCUACCCGGUGCGCCCAUGACGGCCUUUGAAGAGGUUUGGCGCGAACUGCCUUUCCGACAGGGCCCCGAGGGCCCUGAGAGGGGCAUCUCUUGGGUGCUGGAGUCGGAUGAUAGGGAUCGUCUCACAUCCGACACCGAAGAGCCGGUGACCGUCACCAAGGUCUUCGUCGGUCGAAUCUGGGGGACGUACAUGAUCUUUCAGCAAGUUCAGACUCACUCUCGGGAAAAAGAUUCAGAGGGCAAGCUGUUUUUGCGCAGGAGUGGUGGCGAAGUCAGUGCCCGGCGAGAGGAAUGGAACGGGUCUGCCUGGGAGAAAAAAUAUGUGGUUGGACCGGAGGGAGAUGCACUGCCUUCGAUCAUGAGCGGUCUUGAUGGAGAGGGACAGGGCUCAUGGAGAGUCCCUGGAGAGGUUGUGAAAAUUUCAGAGAAACCGUUCAUUGUCCGCGCCUUUGAGGAGAUCCUAUAA